AUGGCCUCUGGAGCCCCCCAGCAGAGCAGCCAGCCAGCAGAGGAGAUCCCAGGCUUCCUGGACGCCUUCCUCUGCGACUUCCCAGCUCCACUGAGACCAGAGAACCCUGCGCCAUGGAAGCUCCCAGGGACAGUGCUGAGCCAGGAGGAGGUGGAGGGCGAGCUGGCUGACCUGGCGCUGGGCUUCCUGAGCAGCAGGGGCGCCUCACCACCACUUGCUUCAUCUCUGGCCCACGAGGCAGUUUCCCAGCUGCUACAGACAGACCUAUCUGAAUUCAGAAAGCUGCCGGGGCAGGAGGAGGAGGAAGAUGACGACGAGGAAGAGAAGGCCCCUGUGACCCUGCUGGAUGCCAAGGGCCUGGCACACACCUUCUUUAACCGGCUCUGGGAAGUGUGCAGCCAGUGGCAGAAGCAGGUGCCCUCGACUGCGCGGGGCCCUCCGGGGCCGUGGCUGGUCUCCAUGCAUGCCAUCCGGAAUACCCGUCGCAAAAUGGAGGACCGGCACGUGUGCCUUCCCGCCUUCAACCAGCUCUUCGGCCUGUCGGACCCCAUGGACCGAGCCUACUUUGCCGUGUUUGAUGGUCACGGAGGGGUGGAUGCCGCCCGCUAUGCCGCUGUGCACGUGCACACCAAUGUUGCCCGCCAGCCCGAACUGCCCACGGACCCCGCCAGAGCCCUCAGAGAAGCCUUCCGGUGCACCGACGAGAUGUUUCUCGGGAAAGCCAAGCGAGAGCGGCUCCAGAGCGGCACCACGGGGGUGUGUGCACUCAUCGCAGGAAAGACCCUGCACAUCGCCUGGCUCGGGGACUCCCAGGUCAUCCUAGUGCAGCAGGGACAGGUGGUGAAGCUGAUGGAGCCGCACAGACCCGAGCGACAGGACGAGAAGGAGCGCAUCGAGGCACUGGGUGGCUUCGUGUCUCACAUGGACUGCUGGAGAGUCAACGGGACCCUGGCCGUGUCCAGAGCCAUCGGGGAUGUCUUCCAGAAGCCCUAUGUGUCAGGCGAGGCGGACUCAGCCUCUCGGGAGCUGACCGGCUCCGAGGACUACCUGCUACUGGCCUGUGAUGGCUUCUUCGAUGUCGUCCCCCACCAGGAGGUCGCCGGCCUCGUCCAGAGCCACCUGGUCAGGCAGCAGGGUGGCGGGCUACAGGUGGCUGAGGAGCUGGUGGCCGCAGCCCGGGAGCGGGGCUCCCAUGACAACAUCACAGUCAUGGUGGUCUUCCUCAGGGACCCCCAAGACCUACUGAAGGGUGGGGCCCAGGGGGCAGGGGAUGUGCCCUCUGGCCUCUCAGAGCCAGAGACCAGCACUCCACAGAGAAGCUAGGAGCUGCAGGCCAUCGGGCCCCACCCCCUGCCCCAUCCCAUACCCUUCCCCCUCAGAUGCCUUAGGACCUGACCAGUGGUGAUGGGCAGGCAGGUGCCCCCCUCACAGUGCUUUCCCAGGGCCCCAAGUCCCCUGUGCUGCUUGCAAUCAGUCCGUCCUGGAGGCUGUGGGACUGUGCUGGGGGGUGUGGAUGGGUUAUUUAUGUCCUGCUCGCAAAGGCAGUGGGAUGGCCCGGAUCUCUGAAGGAGGCCUAGGGAAGAGACCUCACCAAAGAGAAGAGGACCUGGGAAGUGGGGCAGCUCUUAUCCUGGCCCCAUUGGGUGGGGGCAGGACCAGAGGCCACAGGCGUGAGCCACAGCCAGACCAAAGAUGCCAGGCGGGCGCCUGGGACAGCAGGGCACUGCACAUCAGACCCCGGGUGGACCCAGGGCACUGGCCACCUCCAAGUGUGUCCUGGGUGAAUGGCGCAGGUUUCUCAUUGGCUCCUCCCUGGUCACAACUGGGAGGACUCCUCUUUCCAGAUGCGCCUGGCUGCUCCUGGCCUGCCAAGCCAGGUUCCCAGAGUGGGGAGCGCAGCCCUGCCGGGAAGGAGGGAGCACCAGGGAUCUGGUCUGCGGUGGGCGCUUGUGGCCCCCCCAGCCUCCCUGGUCCCCUCCCAGCCCUGCACACACCAAGGGAGGGGAAGGUCAGAAUGAUGACAUGUGGGUCUUUUGUUUGUGGUCUUCGCCCCCCCCCCCCAGGGAAGUCUUAACUCAGAAGCAGUAUUUCAGGUUUUUGUCUGUUUUGUCAGUGCCAAGUGGACAUGUUGUGUCAUAUAACUUAAACAGAGCUGAGCAUUUAUUUUAUUCUUAGAAAACUUAAGUAUUGAUUUUUUUUUUUUUAUUUGAAGAAACUUCUUUUGCAGUAUUACUGAUUUUUUUUUUCCUUAAUCAGGAUUGAAACAAAAACUUUUCCAGGUGGCGUUAAUAAGCCAUUCAAGUGCCUUAAACAGCUUUAGGUAAAGGCUAGGACCGCCAGGCCUGGAACGGAUUCUAAUAGGCAUGUUUCCAUUUUUACAAAAGCAGGAUUUAUUUUGUUACAGUGGCAUGGUCUGGGCUAGAAUUCUUCCCGGACAUGUUCUUUCCACCUCUUGUGAUUCCAUUCGCUGCUGACAGCCCAGCAGCCCUGAAGAGCAUAGGCUAUG